UGUCUCUAAUUCCAACGUAAGAGAUUUUACCUAACUGGAAUCCGAACCCACGGGACACGCAGUCUAGAGUUCCACUUUUGGUCAGGUGCUAUUCAAAACUUGUCUCCUAAGUAAGUUGUUUUGAAAAAGGCCCAACGAGAGAGAGAGAGAGAGAGAGAGAGAUGGAUGAUCCUUUGGCGAACGAUUGCUGUUCGGUGUGCCGUAGCAGCUUCAAUAUUCCUUGUCAAGCCAAUUGCUCUCACUGGUUCUGCGGCAAUUGUAUUAUGCAGGUUUGGCAUCAUGGUUCAGAACUUCAGCCGUGUAAAUGCCCACUGUGUCGUCGUCAAAUUACCUUGUUGGUUCCUGGAGAGGCUUCAUUAAGGCGGCAUCGUGACCCGGAGGUUGCUGAGAUUCUAAGAAAGGUUGAAACAUACAAUCGCCGUUUUGGUGGGCGUUCCAAUGGUCUGAUUCAGAGAAUGCAGGACCUUCCAUUUCUCCUCCGAAGGUUGUUACGGGAACUGAUGGAUCCUCAGAGAUCUCUUCCUCUUGUCAUCAGAGCCCGUGUCUACAUUGCAAUGAUACUAAGUGCUGUCUACGUACUGAGUCCUGUCGACAUUAUUCCAGAAGGAAUAGUCGGAAUAGUUGGCCUCUUGGAUGAUCUCCUUAUAGUGCUCAUCUGCUUCCUCCAUGUUGCUGCCAUAUAUCGGUCGGUACUCUAUUUCCGUCAUGGAGGUUCAUGAGCUGUUCUAUGGACAUGACAUAUUCAAAACCAAAGAGGAGAGCAGCAAUGAAGGAAAGGAAAGUUUAUACAAUCCCUGCAGAAAGCAAGAUAUGUUUUUGUCUUCUGAUUUCCUACUUGGUGGCACUCACCAAGCCUAGACAGGAUUAACUUCUUGGAUGCACAUGAUUUUAAGCCUAAACCUUUUCUUUUGUACCUUUUACAUAUCACUCUGUUUGUGGCUGCAAAAUAGUGCAAGGCUGCUUCCAUCCAUCUUUUAUCAAACAUGGUAGUUUCUUUCGUAUAUGGGCAACAAGUCAUACUUUCAUUCGAGUUUAUAAAUAGUAUCAUGCUCAUGUUGCUUUAGAUUACACAGGGAAUGGCAUUGCUAUAGUACCGGCACUCUGAAAAUAUCCAAACAGUGUUAUGGUGGUACAGUGCAGACAAUAAUUUGGUUCUUCUACGAGCAAAAGUACCGGAAAAGUAGGUGACCGAUUCACCAAUAUUUGUUUCCUAACUACUGAUGCUUGUGUUGCCCAAAAAUUAAUUCUACUAUUACUCUUGGUUGCCACUGGCAAGGCACCCUGGUCUUAGAAACAAAGGAAAUGUCUACUUUAAUAAGUUGUUUAUUUUUAGUUUUUAAUUACGCACCAUGUAUCUUGUAGAGUUGUAGUAAUUAUUUUCUAUCCCA